AUGACUGUGGAAUUCUUCGCAGGAAAGUGCGACAAUGGUGCUUCUAGUAUCGAGCUCAAGGAUAUAGAUGCCACCCACCAUACCAAAAUUGUAGUUUCACUUCUACACGACCUGCAAGUUAAUGAACAAAGAGCUACACUGUUGCAGUUGGUGGAUAAGUUCAAGGCCAAGUGGAAAGGUUUAGGGAACAGACCAGUGAAGCUUGAGAUUGCUGUCGAGAGUUCUCAAGAUAGAGGAGGUGGUGGUAAAUCGUCCAAAGGUGCAAAGCGCAGCCGGAUGAGUGAUAUGGAAGCUAAACUUGAUGGACUGCGUAGGGAGCUCUCGUCGUUUUCCAGUAACGGGGGCAUAAACAUAUUUCCCCCUGCAGUUCUCUCCUCUGAGCAGAUUUUGCUCCUGAGCUGCCAGAAGCCAACCACAGAGGUGGAGCGGCUGGAGAAGGUCAUAGGGAAGGUGAAGAAGGAGAAGUACAGCGGCAGGAUCAUUGAGCUGAUGCGGUCCUAUGUCAAGGACUCAAGGAUGCAGAGCUGGAAAUGCAGUUGA